AUGUCAAACAAACCAAAGAUCCCCUCAUGGCAACUCGCCUCUGCCGAGAAGCCCGUGGAAACGCCAUCAGAGGCCGAACAACAAUCGGAGCCGACGGAGCCAUCAGAAGCCAGCACAUCUCCCAUUGCAGACGCGCCAACACCAACAGAGAGUGACCUGGACGAACCAGAGCCCUCAAGUCUACUCGAUCAAGCGAAGCGCUUUCUUGACGAUGCGACAAUCCGCGAUGCGCCACGGCAAAAGAAAGUCGCGUUUCUGGAGUCCAAAGGCGUGAGCGCAGAAGAUAUAGAGACAUUGCUAGGGGCAGAGUCAGAUGAGAAGCCUUCUGCAGGACUGGAAGAAGCAGGAGAGCGUGCGUGGUUAACCACCGAGAAGCCACCGCCAUUGAUAACUACCCAGCGGUUGUUGACCACGGCGUAUGCGACAGGAGGUCUGAUGGCUACUCUAUACGGCUUCUCAAAAUACAUCAUCGCGCCCAUGACACAGAACCUCACAGAAGCGAGGCAUGACUUCGCGGCGCAUACACAAGAACAGCUGGCCGAAUUCAACAAACGAUUAGGAGAGUCCGUCUCGGUCGAUCCUGCGACCAAGGCGAAGAACAAGGCUACGGAUGCCGCUGACGACGUAUCAGAAGCCGAUUCAGAUCCCACAGAGCUUUACCACCGAGAUUACGGGACGCAGACCACUCCAGAGCUCUCGCGCAGGCCAUCAGUAGCCACCAACGACCCCGAGCCCAUCGUGACUGGUCACGAGAAUCGUCUCAAGAUCAUCAAGUCGCACUUGCAAGAACUAGAAUCUACGCGGUCAAACGACACAGCAUCUGCAAACUCACUAAAGACGAAGGUCUCCGAUUUGACAUCCUAUCUGAGCGAGAUGAGCUACCAGAACCAGUACUAUUCGAAUAUGAACGGGCUCUAUGGAUCGAAUUAUGGAUUAGCGGGCGUGAAGGACGGAAAGAACGAUCAAAUCGAGGUCCUGAAGAAUGACAUCAGGGCUGUGAAGGUUGGUAAGGGAGUUUGGGCCCCAAAGCUGCCUUUUGGGCAGCACAAAGAGGAACACAAGGACGAAACAUCACUCACCACACUCCUUACGGCAGACCAAUGCGCGGAACUCACCUUACUGAUAGCGACGAUCACGGCAACUAUGCGGAAAUCGUUACUCCAAACCUACACAGCUGAAGAAGUCCAAUCGGAUGCAGCAAUAUCGAAAUCUGAAGAGGAUGCGCUGAGGAAAGCACCAACUGAUCUGGAGGCCGUGGAUGUUGCAAAGGAUGACAAGGUAAAGAAAGAGCGAGCGUCACGUGAAGAAGAUGCGAAAAAGGAACUGGCACAGCCCGAAGCGCAGGAGCUCAAAAAAGAAAUGUUGCAGUAUUUCGACGAGUGGAGAGGCAAAAUCAUCAGCAGAGUGGGCGAGAUAGUGAACUCGAGGGAAGAAGCGAAGGAGCAGACGAAACAUGUGGGGGACACAAAAGCACAAGAAAGCGUCGAGAAGAGCAAAGUCGGCGUCACCAGCCUGACUAGUCUUGACGCGAAAGACGAUGAUGAGGAGAAUGCUUUCAAAGAACUGUAUCCGCCUGCGGAGACGCAGUUGUCGCAGCUAGAUGAGAGCAAGCGAGCACUCAUCUUGCAUUCCAUGGUCCUCAUAUUGCUCAGUCUUGAGCAUUACUCGGCGCACUCUCGCAUCCUGAUCCUUUACAUUACGAGCUCGCUCAGACUCUCCCUUUCGGUGCUUAAGAAGGACGAAGAGACAGUCGCCCAGGGCCUUCUUGAAGCGGCAUCGCAGCAGCUCAAUGCUGACGCGGAGACCAAAAAGGCUGCUGAGGCAAGUCAAACUUCGCGCAAGUGGAAGGUUGGGCUCGCUUCCGUGGCCGGUGCAGCACUCAUUGGUGUUACUGGUGGUCUUGCAGCUCCGCUUCUCGCGGCCGGCGUAGGAUCGGUGAUGGGUGGCAUCGGUCUCGGGGCCACAGCUGCAGCAGGAUAUCUCGGCACCCUAGCUGGUUCGUCGGUACUGGUAGGAGGGUUGUUUGGUGCAUACGGCGCCAGAAUGACUGGCCGUGCGAUGGAUGAUUACGCGCGACAGGUCGAAGACUUUGCAUUCAUUCCGAUACAUCGCUCGCAGGACCCAAAACAUCAAGAUAACGAGUCCCGUCGCCUCCGAGUCGCCAUUGCUGCGUCAGGCUGGCUACGUGAGCCGGAAGAAGUCAGCAAGCCGUGGCGAUACAUUGGCAAGGGAACAGAAGGUUUCGCGCUGCGUUGGGAACUCGAAGCUCUCCUCAAGCUCGGUCACAGCCUCGAGACCUUCAUCACUAGCGCUGCAUGGGGUUAUGCAAAGAAGAAGAUUCUUGAACAGACUCUCUUUGCUACUCUCACUGCUGCUCUCUGGCCUCUCGGCUUAUUGAAGGUUGCAGGCAUUCUCGACAACCCCUUCUCCGUGGCCAAGUACCGCGCCGAUAGAGCUGGUGAAGUCCUCGCCGACGCCCUCAUCAACAAGGUCCAAGGCGAGCGCCCGGUAACCCUAGUCGGAUACUCUCUGGGUGCUCGUCUUAUCUACUCUUGUCUGCAGAAACUCGCCGAGCGUCGUGCUUUCGGUCUGAUUGAGAACGUCGUCUUGGCUGGUGCGCCGUGUCCAUCAGACGUAGCUGAUUGGCGCCGUGUCCGUUCUGUCGUCAGCGGUCGUGUGGUAAAUGUCUUCUCCAAGCAAGAUUACAUCCUUGCCUUCUUGUACCGCACGUCCUCAGUUCAACUUGGCGUCGCCGGUCUCCAGCCCGUGCUCGGUGUGCACGGCAUUCAGAAUGUCGAUGUCAGCGAACUCGUGGACGGACAUUUGCAAUACCGCUAUCUGACCGGUUCCAUACUUCGGAAGAUUGGAUUCGAAGAUGUUGAUAUCGCGGAAGUCGAAAGAGCGGAGGCGGAGAUGAAGAAGCAGCAGGAGGAAGAGAAGAAGGAAAGGGAGAAGAAUGAAGGUAAGACGGGCGGAGAGGGUGAGGAUAAAGAGAAAUUAGAGAGUGAAGUGGAAAAGAAGAACCAGAAGAGCUUGAUGCAGGUCAUGCAGGAGAAGACCCAGGGUUUGAAUAUUGGUGGGUUCUUCGGUGGUGGGGAGGGCAAGCAGGAUGUAAAGGUACAGGGAAAGACUGAUUAG